GCACAGGAAACGCAGCGUCGGUAAAUGAAGCUGUAAAUAACGAAAUGACUGCUAAUUGCGAUUGAUAGACGCGUGAGUUUAUGGCUUACUAUGUGUAAACUUCGGUCAGUUUAUAGUAGGUUCGAAAUAUAACAGGAUGCGUUUCAAGGCAAAGCAAUGUGGAGUGCAGUUCAGUCCUCCGUCUAUUGUUUUAAUUUAUGAGCGAUCAGACAUCAAAAAGCUCCGAAAGAGGAUAAUACCUGUGAGGAAUUUUUCUCAGUAUUCCGAUUACACCGUGGCUGCUGAAAGGCUGAAGAACCACCCUCGGCACAAGGACUAUCUGGAGGGCGUGUCCCAAAACCAGCUGGAGAAACUCCACAUCAUCCUGCAGGAUCAUUUGAAGGGAGUCAGCCUGAAGGAGAGCCUUGCUUCAUUUCACCUGGACCCCAACCAGGACCUGAACAAGCUGGAUGACGAAGAGCUGGCCCGCAAAAAGGGACAAAUGGACGAACUGUUUGAGAAGAACCGCAUGCACAAAGAUGACCCCAACUUUGUUUAUGACCUGGAAGUUGAUUUCACAAAGACCACCAAUGAAAAGUGCAGCUGGGAUGAAGAUUCAGAUGAUGGAUUUUGAAACUCUCAAUGUAAUUUUAGAUCAAGUCUUUAGCCUGAAAACCUGCAGGUUACAGGAAAUUUACAAAACUUCAAAAAACUUUGAUGACACCUUGUUCUCUUUUGUCUGGGAAAUGUCUUUUGACAUUGAAU